GAGGCAGAGAGAGAGAAAAACUGAAAGGGAGAGAGAGAACAGAGAAGAAACGAGGGCUGCUGGAGACUGAACGUCUGGGAUCCCCCCCCCCGACUCCUUCACUGCUGACUAGAGUGAGAAGGUCGACACGGAGCAGGAGGUGCAGGACAUCGGGGGGAGAGUCAUGGCCGAGCCCGACUACAUCGAGGAGGAGGACAGCGCUGAGCUGAUCAGACCCCGUAAACUGAUCAACCCCGUCAAGUCCUCCAGAAACCAUCAGGACCUGCAGCGAGAGCUGCUCAUCAACCAGAAACGGGGCAUCGUUCCACAGAGCAAACCAGAGCUGCAACGGGUGAUGGAACAGAGGAAACGGGAUCAGGUGGUGAAACAGAAGAAAGAGGAAGAGGGGCAGAAACGCUCCGACCUGGAACAGGAGUUAAUGAAGAGGCAGCAGAGACUAGACCAGAUGGAGCAGGAGAAGCAGAGAGCGGAGGAGGAAGAGGAGAACGCGCCCGAGUUUGUGAAGAUGAAGAGCAACCUGAGGAGAACCAAACUGGAGGAGAGCACGGACGUUCAGGUGUCCUAGAGAGAGGGAGGGAGGGAGCCAGGGGCGUGGAGCGGAACAAGAACUUUUUCCCGCUUUUCCCCCCACCACCACCCCGACUCCGAGGAUUUGGUUGUGGCUGCCAAAGGCUUUGAGGAAUUCCAGGCUGGAAUGAGCAACGAGGCUGCCCUGAGUCCACAAGGAGGGGUGGGGGGCUGGGGGGGGGGUUGCAGAGUUCCAUGUGCCUGACGGACACCUCGCCAACAUUCCAGGGACGACAGACGAAGCCUUUUAACACAGCGACAUUCAACCCAGGAC